CAACUGUGGGAAAUAAACGACUGGCUGGAUGCUACUUUGUACCAGCACUUAACCAGACUGAGUAUUUGUGUCAGAAAUAGACCUUCACCAUGUCGAGUAUGGACAAGCACUUGUUCAACCUCAAGUUUGCUGUCAAGGAGCUACAGCGCAACUCCAAGAAAUGUGACAAAGAGGAAAAGGCAGAAAAAGCCAAAGUGAAGCAGGCUAUCCAGAAAGGUAAUAUGGAGGCAGGCAGGAUUCAUGCAGAGAAUGCCAUCCGUCAGAAGCACCAGUCCAUUAACUUAUUGAGGAUGAGUGCCCGUGUGGAUGCUGUGGCAUCCAGAGUCCAGACUUCUGUUACUAUGAACCAGGUAUCUAAAUCCAUGUCUGGAGUAGUCAAGUCUAUGGAUGCCACAUUGAAAAGCAUGAACCUGGAGAAGAUCUCUGCAUUAAUGGACAAGUUUGAAAAUCAGUUUGAAACUCUUGACGUGCAGACAACUCAGAUGGAAGACACAAUGGGCAAUACCACCACUCUAACAACACCUCAGAGUGAAGUUGAUAUGCUGUUGCGUGAGAUGGCAGAUGAAGCAGGGUUGGAUCUUAACCUGCAGCUUCCUCCAGGCCAGACGUCUUCACUCUCUUCAUCUGUGGCAUCAACUGAACAGGAUGAGCUCUCCCAGAGGCUGUCCAGAUUGAGAGACCAGGUGUCAUAAUGAUGCAAGAAAUAUUCAUGAGGACGGAGACGAACAAGGGACAGAGGAAGAGACUGGCAGUGAAAAGAGUGAAAGAAAAAAAAAACGGCAGCGUGACUGCAAACUCUGUGUUGCAGGUUUGUCCUAUUCUCCUAAUAAUAAAGAAGAUGUCUGAGAACAGAAAGAGACUGUUGUAAGAAAGGAUUAAAGCAAUCCUGUUAAUAACCACACCACCUUAAAUCCUUCUGCAAUAAGGUUAACUUGCACAUUCUUAUUUAACAUGUAUUGCUAUUAUUUAUUAACCCAGCAUUCAAACAUAACUGUGUUGGCAUGCCUCUUUAUUUAUUAUUUUCAAGUGGUUCAUUGUGGGCAAUUUCCCAAAAACUGCAACAUUUCUUGGGAAAUUGUUGAGAAAAAACAGCCGUUAGUAUCUAAUACCUCACUCCAUACUGGUUACAUAUAUAUAUAUAUAUAUGUAUAAAAGAGCAAUAUAGAUAUUUAUUAAUUUAUUUGUGUAUUUAUUUAUUUAUUACUUAUGUGUUAAUUUAUUUAUUGACUGACUGACUGGAUAUUGCUCAGAGCAUGCUUGUUCUGUCAAUUUUUUGUGUCUUACCUGCAUGACUGAGAAUGACAGGACCUCUAGUAUUGUUGCCUUGUUACAUCAUAUUUUCUUAAAAAGAGGGCUUAUUGAAAAUGUUUACUGUUGAAUGCUUUGAAGAAUGUCAGAUUCAAUUAAUCUUUUUUUUAUGCAGCACUAACCACUCUUGCCAUAGUGGCUCACCACUGCUUGAGGGCUUUAUUAUGAACACUUAUAUACUCGA